UCGAUUACAAGCUUUUUAUACAAAACAAGCAGCUCUAUCAUUUAGUUCGGAAGAUGAGCGAUGAUAUCCGUGAAAUUAAGGACAAGUUGAGACAUCAAAGAGGGCAACAGAAAAAAGACUUUUCUGCUAAGGUGUUGGAUGAUAUAUAUACUGGCGUUGUGAAACGUCUUUUUCCGUUUCAUGUUUACCCCACACAAACUAUAUUAAAGGAUACCCUUAAGGACUACCUCAACAAUAACUUCCACGAGUUUAUGCUUUUACAAAAAAUGAAGAAUUAUUGUGGAGCAGUAUUGCAAAAUGUUCGUUCCUCAGUUUGGAAGGUAUAUGGUCACGAAAGAUUACCCUCCUUAAAAAGCAAAGCCAGUACCAAUGAUAUAGUCAAAUGGAAGGAAAGUCUAAACGUUUAUAGUUGCUAUUGUGCUCUUUUUGAGCAGAAUGAUGACAGUGUCUUUUGGGUUUUGGUUAUAGCAAGGUGUGCCUUCACCACGGUUGCUGUUCCUAUAUUGAUUAACCAGCAUUGUGCAUUCACACUGGCAGUAUGCGAUAUUCUACUUAAUCCCCGGUCCACAAAUGUUUUAUGUACAGAAAAACGGAUAAGGAGACGUAUGGAUCAAUACUUGAAUGAUUUCAACAACGGUGGUCCUUGUUAUGAUUCGGCUGAAACAAUUAUGAGUGAAGAACUUUCUGUGGGUUCCCAGGAUGAUGAUGAACAAUCUUUGCCCGAUCAUGACCAUGCAUCCCAAAGUUCAAUGCUUUCUCAAGAAGAGCAAGAUGAAUUGUUUGAUACUUACUAA